GUGCAGAACAUGACAGCGACGCAGUUGCCGCAGAUCAUUACUUGAACGUUCUGGAUGAGGAAGAAGUGAAGGGCUUUUGGGAGCAAGCCGGAGUUCGUGGUGGGAAGGAUGAUCCGUGUUUCGAUAUCGAUUGGGAUGCAGCCGGGAAGGAAGUGGUGACUCAUCCGAAGGUCAAGGAGCUGUGCGAAGCUGCCGGGGCCAGAGGUGGCCCCAGAGCAGCGGUGGCCAUACGCCAGAAGGCCGCAGCACUGGCGAGUGAGCUUGCAGCAUCGGUGGAGAUGAGGUUCGCACAUUUUACAUCCGCAUUGGCACGAUUUGGCUUCCAGCGGCUGUAUUCUGGAUUGAUCUUCGAGCGUGAGCAGCUGCUUUCCCUGGCCCGGCUCAGUGUACGUGCACGUGAAGAAGGCCGAAGCAUUGUCUACUUGCCGAGCCACAAGAGCCAUAUAGACUACAUCGUGCUGCAGUUUUCCCUCUGGAACCUUGGGCUGGGAGCACCAGCCAUCGCUGCCGGAGAGAACUUGAAUCUGCCUGUCGUCGGUGGGCUGUUACGCCGCAAUGGAGCUUUUUACAUCCGAAGGAGUUUUUCAGGCCCCGACAGCGAGCUCUAUACAGCAGUGGUUUCUGCGUACAUCGAAGGACUGCUACGUCGUGGCGCGAAUGUCAAAUUCUUUACGGAGGGUGGGCGCAGCCGAAGCGGGAAAUUGUUGCAGCCAAAGAUCGGCCUUCUCGGCAUGGUGUUGGACCCUGUCUUGAACGGGGUUGUGGAGGACGCCUACAUCGUGCCGGUUUCGAUCUAUUACGAUGGAGUAAUGGAGACGGAGAGUUACGUCAGAGAGCUCUUGGGUUCGAAGAAGCGGAAGGAGAGUCUGAUUGGAGUUCUUGGACAAGGAAAGCAUCUGCUGGCCAUGCGACGUUCUCGGUUCGGAAACAUCCACGUGAGAUUCGGACCGGGGUUCAGUGCCAGAAGCUACAUUGACAACCACAUCGCCGUGCAACGAGCUGUACCGAACAGGGCGAAUUUCAAUCCGGUCAACACCAUGGCCGACAAGCAAGUGCUCCUGAAGGCUUUGGCAUAUCACGUUCUCGAAGAGAUCAAUCGGGUCUCGAGUGUGACCCCGACCGCCCUGGUUGGCACAGUGCUUCUGUGUACUUUGGGCCGUGGCAUCGGUCGGCGGGCGCUGAUCAACAAGGUUGACUGGCUGCGGGGAGAGGUUGUUCGCUCGGGUGGGCACAUGUCGCGCUUCUAUGAUUUUCCUGGUGAGCUCACAGCUGAAGUGGUGGACUCUGCCUUAACGGUCCUGGGCAAGCUAGUGCAGACCUUCACAGGUUUAGUGGAACCGGUCUACUGCAUUGCACCGGGUAUGCACUUCGAACUAUCGUACUACAGGAAUAUGUGUGUGCACGUGUUCAUCCACCAAGCCAUCGUAACUGCUGUUUUGCAUCGAGCAGUGCAGAUGCAUCAGCUGGAUCAAGAGCAAGUCGAGCGGGCAGAUGUCAUGUCGGACGUCAGAUUCCUUAGUCGCCUUCUGAAACGCGAAUUCGUGUUCUCCGGCUCGGCCACUGCAAGUGGAUCGCCACCGAAGCCAGCGUCUGGAGAGCAGUGGGGCCAAGACAUUCCCCUGGCCCUCAUGAGGAACUUCGAAUCUGCGCUGGAGCUAUUGGUGGCAGAGGGCGUGGUCGACGUCUGCGAGACAGGCUCCAAAGGUGGGGCGAUCUCCUUGAAGCAAUACCGCAGCGCGCAGGAAAUGGGCGGUUAUGACCAUUGGAACAAGCACUUCACGUUUCUUUGUUCCAUGAUUUGGCCUUUAAUUGAAUCUUACUGGCUGGUUCUUGCUUCACUUCUUUAUAUCUUUCGCAACGGCAUUGUCAUCAUCGGGGAAAAGCCAGCAGUUGCCCACAUGCAGAGCUUUGCCAAGACGCUUGUUCAUAUGGGCCAUGUCCAGUACAACGAGGCUGCAUCAGAGGAGCCCCUGCGAAAAGCCCUGCAGACUUACAGCGAGUUGGGGAUCGUCAGAUGGGCGAGACGGACUGGUAACCAAGGCGAACCAGUCGUGGCACUGGAACUCGAGCCAGAAUAUAGAGGUACAGAAGACGACAAGUUCAGACGGCUGGUUGAAUUGGCUGACGAAGUGGCCUCAUACCGUCGUUGUUGGCGAGAGCAGGAAGGUCCUGAAGAAUAUCCGGACUACAUUGCCCGGCUGGCCUUCGGCGUUUCCAGAUUGUAA